AUGGAGAUAUCAGAAUUGUACGUCAUGAAAAUAUGCGAAUUCAAAAAGGACUGGUCAGAUCACGCACUUUGGUGGCCUACACGUAACAAAUGGCUGUCUCGACCGAAGCACACAUUGGACCAAUACGGAGUCCAUGCAGACGCCACCCUCCACUUCACUCCUAUGCACAAACCAAUCAGAAUCCAGCUCCCGGACCUCAGAUAUAUUGACUGCAAGAUUGACUUCUCUAUAGACACUUUUAGCGCCGUUGUGCAACUUUGUAAAAGCCUUGGUAUUCGACACCCAGAGGAACUUUCCCUCUGUUAUCCCCUAGAACCUUCUCACCUAAAACAGAACUACCAGAACUUGAAGGAAGCAAAAAGGAUAAAAUCAUCACAGCCUCCAGACACCAACACUUUUAUAGCAGCCACAAGAGGCUCCUCAAAUAGUUUGGACAGAUCUAAUGGACCCUGUCCUGCAACACCACCACCGCCACGAUCACUAUCCGCUACCCCUGUGGCACAACAAAACGGCACACUCCGUCGUUACGGAGGUUUGUACAGCACACAGAGUGACGGUUCGAGCGAUGGAGGGUACGGUAGCACCCCGCCCAGAGCUGCCUCUCUAGACGCCCUAGAUUCUCUAGCCGAGCUGUCUCUAGCAGACUCCCCCUUAGAGCCCGACAGCCAAUCACGGGAGUCCCUUCUGACACCCAAAUCUCUCAUGGAACGCGCUAGAAUGAAUGUUGGUUGGCUGGACUCAUCUCUGUCGAUAAUGGAGCAAUACGUCCGAGAAUGGAACACCCUACAGCUCCGUUUCAAAUUCUACUCGUUCUUCGACCUGACUGCGCGUGCGCAGGACGCGGCGCGAUUGAACCAGCUGUACCAGCAAGCCCGCUGGCAGAUCCUUAAUCAGGAAGUACAGUGUACCGAGGAGGAAAUGUUGCUUUUUGCUGCAUUACAGCUUCAAAUCGAGUUGCAAACCUUGGCUGGUGGUAGUUUGGACGCGACAGAUGGUACGGCCACUUCCCAAGCGAAUGCGCCAGAAGACGAAAUUGAUGCGGCACUUUCAGCCUUACAAACUCAACUAGAAGGAGGACCAGCCCCUCAUAACGACAUAACACAUGUCCCAGAACUCGCGUCCUAUCUUAAAUACCUUAGGCCCAAACGUUUUACUCUGAAGGCGUACAAACGUGGCUGGGUGUCCUGUCGUGACGGUGUUUUGCGCAUCCAUUCUUCGCGCGAAGCCGCCGGAAGGGGCGAAGCCCCGUCCUACGCUGUAGAACUGCGUGGCGCUGAGGUAACUCCAGACGCUCACCCAGCGUCAGGUCGCUACAGCAUCAAGCUGGAGGUGCCCGCUGAAGAUGCCAUGCACGAAAUGUGGCUCAAAUGUGAAAACGAGGAUCAAUACGCAGAAUGGGUAGCGGCUUGCCGUUUAGGUUCUAGAGGUCGUUCCCUAGCAGACGCGGCUUUCGCGACAGAAGCUGCAGCAGUACGGUCCUUGCUGCAGCUGCAGCGGCCGCAACCAGCCGCAGCCCUGAACCAACACUCUUUGCCCCAUUUAGACCAUCUCCAGCCAGAGAACUACCUCGCACCACGGUUCCUCAAGAAGCUGAAGAGCAAGUUCACACAGCGCGUCCUUGAAAGCCACGCCAACGUGAAAGACCUACCGCUUCUCGAAGCGAAGUUGCAGUACAUUAAAACUUGGCAGAAUCUCAGAGACUACGGGCAGACGAUGUUUGUCGUGCGUUUUAUGGGACAUAAGAGGGACGAAAUCAUCAGCAUUGCUAACAAUAGGAUCAUGCGGCUGGACCCUAACACCGGGGACCAUAUUAAGACUUGGCGGUUUAGUGAUAUGAAGGCAUGGAACGUGAACUGGGAGAUCAAACACAUGAUGGUGCAAUUCCAGGAAGGCAACAUAAUAUUCUCAGUACAGUCAGCCGACUGUAAAGUGGUCCACGAAUUCAUUGGAGGCUACAUCUUCCUGUCGAUGCGCUCCAAGGAUGCCAACCAAACGCUAAACGAAGACCUCUUCCAUAAACUGACCGGUGGAUGGACGUAAGACAAACUAAAAACUCCUUAGUAAAGUAAGCAAUUAAAAAUAUUUAAUAAACUACUUUGACAACCUUUUUGUAGGAAAAAACUUUUUAUUGUAACGUGCAACAUUAAAAACUUAGUUUCAAGUUAUAUUUGUACAACAAUUGUGUAAUUAUUAAUAAUUGUUUAAGACGGAAAGGGCCUUGGUUACGUGCCUUGACGAUGUGCUAAAGUUUAUUAGUGUAUAGAGCUAUAGAUAUUUUUGUACCAAGAAAAUGCAUUCGUAAUAAUCUAUUUCUUCACAAAAUAUUGUUUUUUAGAUCUAAUUAAUUAUAUUAGUGCUUCCAAUAACUUCGUAUAUGUAAAUGCCAAAUACAUAUUUGACACAGAUUAUAAAAUUAAAUGCUUAGAUACCUUGCAUCACUUUUAUUUAAUAGUAGUUUUAAGGAACAUGCGAUGGAUAUGAGCUUUUAAAUAAUGUUAGUUUUGUUUUUAAUGUUCUUUUUUGUAACAUAGUAACAUUGGAUCCUUAUAGUGCCAUUAAUUGACAUAAUAACAUGGAUGCUAAGAUCCAUAUGGUGCUGUAUCAUUCAAAUUUAUGUGUUUAUACAUAACAUUGAGUGGCCUUAACAUUAUGAUACAUAAGAUAUUUACUUAACCUUAUUUAUCGAUAUCCACCGACAUAAAGUUCUUAUACAGUUUUAAAAUCCACAGAUAAUCAAAAAUAAUCGAUUAAUAAAUAUUUAUAUAAGAACUUUAUGGUUGGGAUAGAUUUUACGUAGUUUAUGAAACUGUAGAUAACAAAUUUUAUCUAUGCUCAGGUUUUUUUUUUCAAACUCGGACUUGUGGUAUAAAAAGUCUGUAUAAAACAGCUUCAUAAACUACUUUAGUUCAUUGUAAAUAACAUUUUUGUACACUUAAAUAUUGAAACUCUACUCAUUUUUAUUUUUGAGCAAGCUUUGUUAUUGACAACAAAAAGAAAAAUGAAGGAUAUUUUCUAAAAUUUUUGAUAAAACAUCCUUAUAAUUUUGUAGAAUUUCAAUAUCUAAGUGUUACCAAUUAACAAUAAGUUAUUUUAUACCAGUGACAAAAAUAAUUUUAGAUUAAAAUCUUUUUGGCUUCAUGUUGUAUUGUAUACCUAUUAAUUGCAAAGAUUAUUUUAUUAUUGACUACUAGUCUUAUUGAGAUCGCAUAAAAUGCCGUCAUUUUGUUUUUUUAUUAUUAUUAUUAU